UUCAGUAGCCCCCAGGCGCCGCAGCUCUGUGUAGGGAGUCCGGGGCACACCGACCUCUCUCGGGGCCUGUAGGAGACCGGCAGUCACCAGCGUGGAAGCGCGCCGCCCGCCAGGCCGCCCUCGACCCGCCCAGACGCUUCGCCCCGCCCGAAUAUCCCGGCAAGUGGCCGAACCAGCCGGACGAGCCGAACUCGCCGGGGCUCCCGGCAGCAGCAGGUGGCCCCGACUUCCCACAUUCGCGCUGCCGGGUUGCGCUCCGGAGCCCGGUCGGCUGUCCUCGCCGGCGGGAUGGAGGCGGACGGGGACCCGGAGGAGCUCGCCCGUCUGCGCUCCCUCUUCGCUGCCUGCGACGCGAACCGCUCCGGGCGCCUGGAGCGUGAGGAGUUCCGCGCGCUGUGCGCGGAGCUGCGAGUGUUGCCGGCCGAUGCCGAGGCCGUGUUCCAGCGGCUGGACUCCAAUAGCGACGGCGUCAUCACCUUCCAGGAGUUCGCGCGCGGCUUCCGCGGGGCCCGGCGCGGAGGACGGCGCCGGGGCUGGGGGCUACUGGAGCCCGCGCCUGCUACUGCGGAGCCGGGACCCGAACCCGCGGACUGCGGCGAAGACGUGGACAUUCUGGACGACGCCGGGGAUCUGUCCGCCCCUUGGGGACCGACGAACCGGGGCCGGGCUUGGCAGGACUUCCAGGCGCGACUCGGAGACGAGGCCAAGUUCAUCCCCAGAAAAGAGCAAGUUAGCGUCCUGUAUCAAAACAUCAACAUUGUGGAGCCAAGACUAAUUCAGCCAUAUGAACAUGUGAUCAAGAACUUCAUCCAUGAGAUCAAACUUCAAAGCACAGAAAUGGAAAACCUGGCCAUUGCUGUGAAGAGAGCCCAGGACAAGGCAGCCAUGCAGUUGAGUGAGUUGGAAGAGGAAAUGGACCAGAGAAUUCAGGCUGCAGAACACAAGACCCGGAAAGACGAAAAACGCAAAGCAGAGGAAGCCCUCAGUGAUCUCAGACGUCAGUAUGAAACAGAAGUAGGAGACCUUCAGGUUACCAUAAAAAAACUAAAGAAGCUUGAAGAACAAUCAAAACACAUAAGUCAAAAAGAAGACAUAGCAGCAUUAAAAAAACAAAUUUAUGAUUUAUCAAUGGAAAAUCAGAAAGUUAAGAAAGAUCUUUUAGAAGCACAGACAAAUAUAGCCUUUCUUCAGAGUGAACUAGAUACUUUGAAAAGUGAUUAUGCUGACCAGAGUCUAAAUUCUGAGAGGGAUCUGGAAAUAAUCCGAGAAUACACAGAAGAUCGAAAUAGUCUUGAGAGGCAAAUUGAAAUUCUCCAAACAGCUAACCGGAAGCUGCAUGACAGUAAUGAUGGCCUCAGGAGUGCCCUUGAAAACAGUUACAGCAAAUUCAACAGAUGCUUGCGCAUAAAUAAUGUAUCACCAGGGAAUACGAUAUCUAGAAGCAGUCCCAAAUUUAAUGGUCAUUCUCUUCAACCUCUGGGAUAUGACAGGUCAUCCCGCUCUUCGUAUGUGGAUGAGGACUGUGACUCAUUGGCCCUCUGUGAUCCUAUGCAAAGGAUGAAUUAUGAAGUUGACAGCCUGCCUGAGAGCUGCUUUGACAGCGGCUUGUCUACCCUGAAAGAUCCCAAUGAGUACGACUCUGAAGUGGAAUACAAGCACCAGCGGGGAUUUCGGAAUUCACAGAGGGUGCAGGAGAACUGUGCGGGUGACGCUUCAGACAUGGAUGUUCCUGAUAUAAGGGAUGAAGAAACAUAUGGUUCAGAAGGUGUGGCUUCUGUUUUAGACUGGAAGUCCCAAGGGUCUAUUAGUGGAGGCAGCAUAGUCAGUUCUUCAAGAAAACCCAUCUCUGCUCUUUCACCCCAGACAGAUGUGGCAGGUGAUAACUCCAAGUCUGCUAGCUCACAGAAGGCUUACAAGAUUGUGCUUGCUGGGGACGCUGCAGUGGGGAAAUCCAGUUUCCUCAUGAGACUUUGCAAGAAUGAAUUUCGAGGAAACACAAGUGCCACAUUGGGAGUUGAUUUUCAAAUGAAAACUCUCAUUGUAGAUGGAGAGCAAACAGUUCUGCAGCUCUGGGAUACAGCUGGGCAGGAGAGAUUCAGGAGCAUUGCCAAGUCUUACUUCAGGAAAGCAGACGGAGUUUUGCUGCUAUAUGAUGUCACAUGUGAGAAAAGCUUUCUUAAUGUACGAGAAUGGGUAGAUAUGAUUGAGGAUGCAACCCAAGAGGCUAUUCCUAUCAUGUUGGUAGGAAACAAGGCUGAUCUUCGUGACACUGCUGCUUCAGAGGGUCAAAAAUGUGUGCCUGGGUAUUUUGGAGAAAAACUGGCCAUGAACUAUGGGGCGUUAUUUUGUGAAACAAGUGCCAAAGAUGGUUCCAAUAUAGUGGAAGCUGUUCUCCAUCUUGCUCGGGAAGUAAAAAAAAGGACUGAUGAGGAUGACAGCAAAUCUAUCACCAAUCUGGCCGGGACCAAUUCCAAAAAGUCAACACAGAUGAAGAACUGCUGCAAUGGUUAAACUCCGACAUCCUCAACUGAUGUACACUUCAUUUCCAGAGUACUGAAUUUUGUGACCAGUUUGGUUUCUAUUAAGGUGAUUCACCCUACUAGCACUGUCCUACAGAGAGUUAACAGCAUGGGCUAUCUGAACUGUCUCUUGGGUCUCCCUGGAAUCUCGGCUCUUCUUUGCUGUAUCUACAUGAACAAUUUGGGCCCUUUGGUCAUUACAGAGUCUUAAAAGAUAACACUUAAAUGUUUUCAAUUUGGUAUUAAAAAAAAGAUCACAUGCUUAAAUCCAAGCUACAGAAGAAACUCACAUUACUAGAUUGAUGAGGUAGUUGACUUUGUAGUUAACCUAUGACAAUGUUUAUUGAAUAUAUUUGAUGCUAGACAGUAGUAUGAGCAAGUUCUUAUCCUAGCUUCCCUGCUAACUAGCUUUGUGAUCUUGGGCAUGUCACCAGCACCUUAGAUCUGUAUGUGUCCUCUGUAAAAGCAGCAGCUGGCCUCCAAAGCCUUGUAGUACCUCUCAGAUGCUGUAGCACUGUAAGCAGCAGGAAGGCGAACACGAUGACCUACAGUUAAUAAGGGCUCUGGUUGUUUCUACUUUCUAAAUACUGAAAUAUUGAUUUUCUUACUUCUGAAAUGAGAACAGAAUUUAAAAAUGAGAAAAAAUGUUUCCAUUUUAGGCUUCAGUGGAAACAGAGAUAUCUAUUUUUUAUAUAUAAAAAAUGUUUGAAAAAAACUUGUAUAUAGAAAGAACUAUACUUUGUAAUCUUUAGAAGAGUGACAAAGUCCACAGUUUGAAUUCAGUAUGAAAAAUUUUAAUGAAAACAUGUAAAGCCACAUACUACUGAAAGUACAGAGCCCAGAAAAGCUGUCCCUCUUCAUUUAAAAUGUACACCAGCCAGUGGUUACCAGAGACUGAGGAAAGGAGAACUGGGAGUGACUGCUAAUGGGUAUGGGGUUUCUUUCAAGAGUGAAAUCGAAUUAAAAUUGUAGUAAUUGUUGCACAACUUAUUGAAUAUACUAAAACCACUGAAUUUUAUACUGUGAAUGAAUUGAUUUUGUGGUAUUUGAAUUUUAUCUCAUUAAAUUAUAUGAACACUUACAAUGAUUUAAUGUUUUACCAAAUGAAAAUAUUCAUGCUAUUUCAAACCUUCCCAUGGUUUAGGAUAUAAUCUGCAAUAUAAUACAAAUCCCCUAACUCCCUACUUUCAAGCAUUAACUUUCUUAAGUAAUGAAGAAUAAAAGAAGCAGUAUGCGUGGUUUGGGGGGAAAAAAUCUAUAAAAGAGGAAUUGCCAUAGAGAAUGGUGAGCUGAAGUCCUUUGUUUAAUAUAACAUCUGACUCUUCCUCACCAAUGACCUGUUCAGUCUUGCUCUCCUUCCAGAAUCUGUGGGGUCUCCAGGCUUCCCUACUGAAACAUCUCUAAGAGCCAAGGGAAGCAAUAUCAGGCCCAAGUGUGGGCCUGGCUUUUAAUGAUGUGAGCCAAUUAAGUUGCUCCCAGCAAGAGAUUUGAACUUAUCUUAGUGCCUCUAGAUCCAGGCUUCAAGUAUCUUGUUGAAAAACCUAAAUAAUAGCUGUUAUUUAUUGUAUAUUAAAAACAUUUAUUUUUGUUAAGUUAAAAUAAUUAUAUGUAUCAAUCAUUUUCCUGUUUAUGAUUUUUUUUUAUGGUCAAACUUUAAAUUCCUUAAUCUGUGGGGGGGUUUUUGUUUUGUUUUGUUUUUGUUUUUUAAGCUCUUAAAGCUUGCCAAAACAUUUCAAGGCUUUUUGUAUUUUUGCUGGGAAGUUGAAUCCUCAGUAACUCUACCAUGAAUUCAUGUUUUAACACUUUAUGGUUUUCGGUCCCAGAGAAAGAUUCCAUUUCUGACUAUAGUGCCUUGGUUGUGGGGAAUUGUCAAAACAAAUGGGGGUGGGGAGGCGGGAUGAGUGGUUGUUAUUUUUGCUGCCCAUGGUAUGGUGAAAUGAAAGUUUUAUGGUUGCUGUGCCUCAGUGGUGUCUAUAGACCCCAAUGAGGUUGGUUGGACAUGUGUUGAUAAAUAAGGCACUCAUUUGAGUUUUAUUGUUCAAUGCUGUUAGUAUACAUGUUAUUGUAUUACAUUUAUUUAUUUCCUUCAAAGUGUCUCUUUUUAUUUGUCUUACAACAUUAUUCCUGUAAAUAAGAAUGUACCUUUAAUAUAGAAGUCUUAUCUUGAUCAUUGCCUCUGGAUCAUGCUGCCAGCACACCCAAAUUGAUUAGGAGAUUACUUAGGAGACUUUGAGGGGCAAACCAGUCAUCUUCAACUAUCAGAGCACUACAAAUGUUUAGGCAGUGUAAUCCAAAUAAUAGACUUUUAUCUCUGGUUAGCAAUGUUGUUUAAAGAAAGCUACUUUAAAAAGAAAGAUUCCUUGCUGGUGAUCAUCAUUGUUUACCCAAAUUUUUGUUUUGUGAAGUUGUUCUCCAAUUUAUGGUAUAUUUUCAACAAAGACAAGAAUAUUUAAUGUUUUUAACUUAGACUUAAUUUGGUAGGUUUUAAUAUUCCUAUGGAUGUAACUUAUCUUGUCUCUGUUUCUCCUUUGAGAGAUUUUAAAAGCAUAAUCAUACUAUACUCCUUUUUUAUAUACACUGACACAUUGGAUAAUAUUUUAAUUUCAUUAUGGAAAAUAAUGUUGGAUAAGGAGGCAUUUUUCACUGCUAAAUUUAAGCCCUGUACAUUUCCAUAAUUUAUUUUUUCCACUUGCUGUUUUAUAUGAUGUAUGUGACAUUUGAUUAUUUAAUACUAUAUGUGAUUUGCAUAAAUCCAAGCCACACAACCCUCCUGCUGAAGAUAAAAUUGAGGUUAAAGAUAAAGACUUAUUUUCAUAUUUAUACAGUGAUUGGCUUCAGAGUGAUGGUUUUUAUGGGCUUUUAUUGUAUGUGUGUGUAAGAAAUUUCAUAUGUAUAUAUUAAGUAGGCCUCUGAGAAUUGAAUAAUUGUUUUAUGAUUUUGAUUUAUAUGGUUUACAUUUUCAUGGUUUGGGCCAUAUUUCGUUUAUACUGUUUAUUUCUCUUCAAGCCAUUAAUAAUUAUACCAUAAAGUAUAAUUUUAUAGCAAUGCAAAUAUCUAAGGAACUACAAAUAUUUUGUGCCUUGUAAAUUCAAUAAAGUGUGCUUCUUUUGACCUA